AUGUCUUCCGGUGAACUUACAGAUCCCGAUUUCGAUCUCAUCAUGCCGUCAUCUGAGAGGCGUUUGGAUUCCAUCCUCCGAGCUCCGACGCACUCGUUAGCGGCGCCUCCUUCUCAGGGGAAGAAACUUGAAUCUUCUCCAUCUUCAACUCCUCAAAACCUUCACCAGUCAUCUCCAGAUCCGAGAUGGCCACUGCUAAAUCGCUGGUCGACGAAUUCAUCCCAUUCCUCGCCGUCUUCUCCGGUACAGAAUCUACAAAACGAACCAAACCUCUCAAAUGCAUCUCUUUCUCGGUCUCUGGUCUCGGAUUCGGCAGUAGAUCCCUCUCUCGUCGUUGAUUCGCAGGGCAUUGAACCAGUCAUGAUUUCAGAGGAACCUACAAUAACAUUGGAAGUAAAGGCGUCUAAGCAAUCGCAGUUGGAGACUGAAUCAAGCAAGACUCCCAUUGACAAUGUAACACAAUCUGAAAUCUCACAAUCUCAAGUUGGCCAAGAGGCAGGAACUGUUAUCGUGACCCCUCAAGGAGCAUGGAAGAAACCUUUACACUUCUCUGCGUUUAAUAAUGAAGCUAGAGUCGCAGUAAACUCAAGUUGGCCUGCUCUUUCCACAACGAAUCAGAUUCGUAAAAAACCCUUUCAGAAAGGUUCAAGUGCGGAUGUAACUAAGGGCAAAAUGAUCGCCUUGAAUAUCCUUGGGCUGCAAAGAUGGAUCAGUCAUUACGCAAUCUUCAUAGAGUUACCAUGCCUGAUUACCUAG